UCUCACCUGUAAAUCUACAAGUCAAGAUCAUACCGUCGCGCUCGCGGAUGUCUUAAAUAUGAGAUGGGCAAUGCGGAAGUGUAGGCUACAUUGCUUUCGAUCGGUCUCUAGUCAGAGAAUUUCUCUCAUUAGUUAAAGCUUGUCUUCGGCUAUGUGAGUAUAAGAGAAGAGAGACUGACGACGGUCUGCAUGAACUGAACUGAACUGCUUUGAAAACUUUGAUCUGACGAUGUUCUUCACUGAUCGAGAGGAUGAUGUGGCUAUGUACGAGCUGGACAAUGCAGAUGAGACCUUACUUCCAGCACAGCAUAACUCGUACCUUCCUCGAUUAUAUGACUAUGUACUGGUGGCUGAAAAAGUGGAGGACAUGGAGGACCAAAUCUUCAAGAAACAGGAUGCUUUCAUCAGGGAACUGAAACGGAAGAACUUUAAAGUGACUAGAAUUGAACAUGCUGGAAAGGUGUUCUUCGGUAUCUGUGCACCUGAGGAGAUGUUUACAAAGUACAAAUACUUGCUAAAGGUGUCCGAUGCCUGUAACUGGAGCGGGGAGCAAAAGUGUGAAUCAUCUGUGUCAUUCUGCACCAGAAUCAGGAUUGUCCACUUUGUCUUGAACAAUACUUUUAUAGGAUCAGGAGAGGGCCUGAAAGAACUGCUGUGUCAAAGCGCUUUUGAGUCCAUCUUCUGUCUGCAUGAGAAAAAAGAGCAGAAAAAACUAAGAAAGAAGUGGGCAAGCUGGCUUUCAGUAUUGAAGCUGUUUAAACAGCCUGUCACUGAUGUUAAGGACUAUUUUGGGGAGAAAGUGGCAUUGUAUUACCUGUGGCUGGGCUGUUACACACGGAUGCUCGUUCCUGCAGCUGUUAUUGGUAUUGUUGUGUUCUUGUACGGCCUUGCGUUCUUCAAUACCAGUCCACUCAUUCAUGAAGUCUGUGACUCCAACACCAUCAUGUGUCCAAGAUGUGAUGUAAGAUGCAAAGUGUGGAACCUGUCUGACACCUGUACAUAUGCCAAGGUGAGCCAACUAUUUGACAAUGAAGGGACUGUUGUUUUUUCCAUGUUCAUGGCGAUUUGGGCAACCCUGUUCUUGGAAGUGUGGAAGAGACAUCGAGCUCUGUAUGUGUCAAAGUGGAAAGUGUUUGACUGGUGCGAGGAGGAGGAAGAAUUGAUUUUGGAGAUUGUAAAUAACCCUCAGUGUAAGCCUAAAGAGUUCAGACAUUCUUACCUGCGCAGCAUUGUGGUGCUUCUGUUGGUCACAUUAGUGCUGUUGGUGAUCAUCGGUGUGACCCAUGCUCUGGUGAUCUGCCGUGUUUUAACUGCAAUAUUGUUGUCCCAAAAAGAGUUUGAGUUUCUGCGUGAUCAUGCCACCACAAUAGCCAUGUUAUCUGGAGCAGUGCUACACUACAUUACUAUUCAGGUUAUGACUCGGGUCAACAAAUUUGUGGCUUUCAAACUGUGUGAGUUUGAGAAGACCCGCUCCUUUGCAGCCACAGAGAAGCGCUUCACAGUGAAGAUGUUCACAUUUCAAUUCUUUACUCUCUUCUCAUCACUAUUUUAUGUGGCGUUCUUUCUGGGAAGGAUCAAUGGCUAUCCAGGAAACUAUGUUCGAAUUUUAGGGAAAUGGAGACUAGAAGAGUGUCAUCCAAGCGGCUGCCUCACGGAUCUCUUCAUUCAGAUGGCUGUUAUUCUGGUGCUCAAACAAACAAUCAACAACAUAUUUGAGUUCACAGUGCCUUGGUUAAAGCUGUGUUUUAGGCGCACAAAAGCUAAGACGAUGCGCAGAAAGUGUGGUAACUGUUACCGGAAGGCAUGUCGAGAGGAUGGGGGUAACUUCUACCCAUGUGACCUCUGCAACCUUCGUAACUGGCUGGAAAACUAUGACCUGAGUGAUGUUAAUGCUUUCACCUUGUUUAAUGAGUUUUUGGAAAUGGUUCUUCAGUUCAGUUUCACCACCAUCUUUGUGGCUGCGUUUCCUCUGGCUCCUUUAUUGGCUCUCAUCAAUAACAUAUUUGAGAUCAGGCUGGAUGCCAUCAAGAUGGUCAGCCUUGAGCGCCGCCUAGUGCCCAAAAAGACAAAUGACAUUGGUGUGUGGACUAGAAUAUUAGAAGCUGUUGGGGUGAUGGCUGUCAUUGCCAAUGGACUAGUGAUUGGGAUUUCCUCUGACUUCAUACCCCGUCUGGUGUAUCGAUACCAUUAUGGACCUUGUGCUGUCAGCAAUGGUACAAACCUGGACUGUAUGACAGGGUAUAUCAACAACACACUGGCAACAGCGUUCAUGUCCAAUGAGAGAGUGAGACGUGACUUCAGUGAAUUGAUCACAGACAAUGGAUAUAAUGUUACGCAAUGCAGUUACAAAGACUACCGCAGUGAUGACGACCAGAGUCUCACCUCUCAAUUUUGGCUCAUUCUGGCACUCCGCUUUGCCUUUGUUAUUCUGUUUGAGCAUGUGGUGGUGAUGUGCAAAUUUAUUGCUGCCUGGUUUAUACCUGACAGUCCCAUCAGAGUGAAGAAUGACAGGCUCGACGACAAACUGAGAAGACUGAAAAAAGAACUCGAGAUAGCAAAUUCAAUAUAUGACAGCAGAUCUACUGAGGUGUGAGCGAUGAAGGUUCAAACCACGAGAGUUUUGAAAACGUUCUGACUUCUGUGUGCAAAUAAGACUUGACACAAGGAAGAUUUCUGUAUUUGACUGAGAUCAUUAUCUCCUUUGAAUCAGUACAUGGGACGGAUCUCUUUGCUUCACUACUUCCAGAGCCUUCAGAAUCUUACUGGAGCUUUGCUCUCUUUGCAGUUUACAGUUUUCCCUCAAGAUGAGUCAUAUAUGUUCUGCUUCAGAGGGAUACACCAUACAUCUUUGUGGUUGCAUCAUAAAUUAAUUAUAUUUCUGAGCAAUGAAAGACAAUUUGACUUUUUUAAAAGAAAAAAAAAAUGUGAAAAUGUCAAAUCAGACAGCUGAUGUCUAUUUAUGAUUUUAUUUAGUGUGUGCUUCUGAAAGAAUGUCAAACAAGCCUAAAAAAAAUACAUUAAUUUUGUUGCCAAAAAACAUUUUAUGAUGAUGUAUGUUCCCUAGAAGUUUUUAUCAAUGAAACUGUUUUUUAAUGUUUACUCUUAAAAAAGUAAAAAAAAAGCUAUAUUUGGCUUUACUGUUAAAAACCUAGUUUCAUGAGGAUUUUUACUUAAAUGUGAAGACAAAGGAAUUAUGCCAGUGUGUUAUGCUCUUUACAAUGCUGUCCAUGGCUUUUCUAAACAACUGUGUAUCUUGGUACAUAUAUUUUGAUAUUGUAUUUUUGAUAUUGUUGUUUUAAAAUCAUUGUGUUCCAGGAAUUAAAUAAUAUUGUGAAAUAAAUGUUAAAUGUGAGGUUGAAAUAAAACCGUCAACCCUUUUGUCAUCCACAAGAUGUCAGUAAAAAUGCAUGUUUACACUG